AUGGGAAUCGCACUAAAAGCCAUGUCGGCGUAUUCUGAUAAGAAACUUCAUUGUGAAGGUCGUGCUUGUGCAAAAUGUGGCCAUUGUCGUGAUUGGUGUUGGUGUCCAGAUGGUGAUAAGAAGGUUUAUAAAAAGCGUAAUGAUGCUAAAUGUUUUUAUCAGUAUGGUGGUUAUCCUUAUCAUCUUGGUGGGUAUGAUCAUUAUUUUUAUGAUGAUUAUUUUGGUAUUUCUUCUGGUGAUGAUGAUUAUGAUCGUUAUUGUUCUUCUCGUAUUGGAAAUGGUCCUUUAUGUGAGUGUGAGGACAAUCGUUUCUAA